AUGUCUGAUUUUGGAGAGAUCCUUAAAGCCAUCGGGGGAUUCGGAUUAUUUCAGAAGAUCAUUAUUUUUGCUCUUUGCUUCCCGAAUCUUAUUCUGCCUUUUCACUUUGCUAGUGUGUUUUUUGUCCAGUCAGACCCGGAGCGACACUGUAACACGGACUGGAUCCUCAAAGCCGGUCCUAACCUGACCACAGAGGAGCAGCUGAACUUGACGCUGCCCCGGGAGAAGGAUGGGAGCUUCAGUAAGUGCCAGAUGUUUGUCCCAGUGGACUGGGACAUUGACACCAUCAGGGAAUACGGACUCAAUGAGACCACAGGCUGUCAGAGUGGAUGGAAGUAUGACAGGAUGCUGUAUGAAGCCACCAUAGUCACUGAUUUUGAUCUGGUCUGUGGCCACGUAAACUUGGUUCAAGUGGCACAAACACUCCUGAUGGCCGGGAUCCUCCUCGGUUCUCUCUUAUUUGGGCCUUUCGCUGAAUCGUUUGGCCGCAAACGCGCCACUCAGAUCCCAGCGGUUGUCAUGCUCAUAUUCACUGUAACAACGGGCUUCUGUCCCAACUUCUACCUGUAUUUGGUGUCCCAGUUCAUGGUGGGGAUUGGCUAUGGAGGUUAUCGACUCAACAGCAUCAUACUGGCGACUGAGUGGACGGGGGUGAGCAAGCGAUCCCUGGGCUCCUGCGUGAGCCAGCUGUUCAGCGCCCUCGGCCAGGGUCUGCUCGCUGGCUUGAUCUACUGCAUCCGUGACUGGAGGCUGGCCCAGCUGGUCAUAGCAUCACCACUUGUUGUGGUCGCUCUGUACAUAUGGUUUAUUCCAGAAUCAGCCAGAUGGUUGAUAGACAGAGGAAGGACAAAGGAGGCAAAAAAGUGGAUUUUCAAGGUAGCAGCGAUCAACAAACGCACUGUUCCAGACUCUCUCCUGGAGGAGAUUACUGAGAAGGAAACGGUGGAAAAAGGAGGCAUACGAUUUCUUAUCAGAUCUGCUGUUCUCAUGAAGUAUUUCUUUGCUAUAGCAUUUGCAUGGUUUUCAUUGAAUGUUACCUACUACUGCCUUUCCUUCAACGUUGGAAACUUUGGCCUGGACGUCUUCGUGACCCAGCUUGUGUUUGGUCUCAGUGAACUGCCAGCUCAUGUGCUUUGCAUCUGGCUCUUAGAGGUUUUGGGGAGAAAAAUAUUACUGAUAUCAACACUUCUGAUUGGUGGACUCUUCUGCAUCUUUAUCCUAGCUGUUCCUGAUGGUAAUGCGGUUGCUGUUACCGCGCUUGCCACCAUGGGACGUUUUUUCAUGAACUGGGCAGGAUCCAUAUGCAACGUCUACGUCCAAGAGCUGUUCCCAACAUGUGUUCGACAAACUACCUCAGGGUUGGGGAACAUUGCAAGCAGAAUAGGUGGCCUGCUGGCUCCGCUGCUCAACAUGCUGGCCGUGUACCACGGGGCCAUACCCACCAUCGUCUUCAGCAGCCUGUCACUGGUCAGCGGCGCUCUCAUCUUCCUGCUACCUGAGACGAUGAGAAAAGAGCUACCUGAUUCAGCUCAAGAGGCCGAGGGCAACAGAAAUACAGCCAAGAUGAAGAAGCAAAGUGACUCAGUUGCAGUUUCCAUGCCUGAAAACAGGAGUGUAAAAUCAACUAAACUUUAGUCGGAAUAGUUCCAUCAGUGAUUUUCAUGCUUUUUUUCCCCCUUAAAAUUUAAGUAUCAUCUCUG